AUGAUACCUGAAGUACGGCUUCAGUCACCCUUCCGAGUGUUUGAGCAGCGGUUUCUAGAGCAUCGCUGCUGCGAUGACAAAGAUUUCAAAAGAGAGGUUUGGAAUUUUUCAAGUGACUUGUUCAAUUUCUACAUACAAUUUCAGAUUAUCAUUGCAUUUCUUCCUUAUAUAAUCAUCUCUAUGUUAUCGAUUUUGUACGUGAUGGGUGGAGCCGCGGCAUUUUCUCUCAUUGACGAUUCAAUUGCUAAAAUUGAUUAUGCUAGCAGAUGUUUCUUCGUAUUCUCUACUCUCACUACUAUUGAUGUCGCUACAUGUCAGUUGUUCCCAGCGGCACUCGUUAUCGACGAAAUUAUAUUUUUAGGAUAUGGUAAUGUAAGUCCUGGAAAUUCGCUCAGUAAAAUUUUCUGUAUGUUCUACGUGAGUGUGGGCAUUCCACUGCUACUGCUGGCACUCACAAACAUUGGCCAUCUUUUCGCUGAAAUCUAUUGGACGCUCACACUGAGUGUCUUCAGUGAUCUGAGCGUAGACCCGGAAUCACGGCGUAAAGUUCCCGUACCGAUUAUUACUGUGUUCCUACUCCUUCAUGCAAUCGUCGGCGGUUUUCUCUUCUGCUACUGGAUUAGACGAGCUGCCAUUCCUAGCUUCUGUUUACUUCAGAAUUUUUCUAUCGGCACGGACGGGCGCUUCGUUUCAAUUACUACGAUCGGUUUCGGUGACAUCGUAGUAACACCAACAAGCGACUUCCAUACGAUUGUAUUGAUUAUUUAUCUCGUAUUCGGAAUUAUUACAAUGUCAAUGUUUGUCAAUUCAAUGGUCCAGCAUGCGGAAUGGGUUCAUUACAUGGGCAGGAGAAAGAUAGCUCUUCGUAAGAAGACCGUCUGGUUCGGAGCGGACUCUUUGACUGUACAGCAACUCGUUCAAUUGGUUGCUAAGAAUCUUGAUGUA